CACUAUAGUGCCAAGAGUCGUACAAUCGCCAUUUUUACAUCGUGUAAGAUCAUCUACUCAUGCUUAUCAGUCCAAAGUGUAUGAAAUUUUGUUUCGCUUUUUCAUAUAAAGAAGAUAAAAAUUCCCGUCAUUGAAUCAAAAAUUUUUAUAAAUAAUUGUGACACUGUGAUGAAUCAAUCACGGAAUUAUACAUCAUUACUGAAUCCGAGUUACUUGCAAAAUGCUCAGAAUUCAACAUCAAGUAAUAGUGCAGCGGCAGCUGCUGCUGCCGCUGCUGCAGCUGCAGCGGCUGUAUCUGCUGCAAUUGCAAACGGAACAGCAUUAAAUUCUAACUCUUCAACUCCAAAAAAGCGUGAAGUCGAAGAUGAUAAUAAACAAGAAAAAGAGUCAAAGGAAGAGCGACGUAAACGACGAAAGACGAGAUGGGGAGGGAGUGAACAUGAUAAAACAUUUAUUCCAGGAAUGCCUACUGUUCUACCAACAAACUUAACUCCUGAACAAGAAAAGGCUUAUCUUUUUCAGCUGCAGAUAGAGGAAAUCAGCAGGAAGCUGAGGACGGGAGAUCUUGGGAUUCCACUAAACCCAGAAGAAAGAUCACCGUCUCCUGAGCCAAUUUACAGUAGUGAUGGUAAACGAUUAAAUACACGAGAAUACCGUACAAGACGUAAAUUAGAGGAAGAACGACAUAAUCUUAUUCAAAAAAUUUUAAAAAUCAAUCCUGAUUUUAAACCUCCCCCAGAUUAUAAACCACCUAUAAUUCGUGUACACGACAAAGUAAUGAUUCCUCAAGAAGAACAUCCAGACAUUAAUUUUGUCGGAUUACUUAUUGGACCGCGUGGAAAUACUUUAAAAUCAAUGGAAAAAGAAACAGGAGCAAAGAUUAUAAUACGUGGUAAGGGAUCUGUAAAAGAAGGAAAAGUUGGAAGAAAAGAUGGACAGCCUUUACCUGGUGAAGAUGAACCUUUACAUGCAUACAUUACUGCCAAUAAUUUAGAAGCUGUCAAAAAAGCAGUUGAAAGAAUACAUGAGAUAAUUAGACAAGGAGUUGAAGUUCCUGAAGGACAAAAUGAUUUAAGACGCAAUCAAUUACGUGAAUUAGCAUUACUAAAUGGAACUUUACGAGAAAAUGAUGGGCCACGAUGUACGAAUUGUGGAGCUUCUGAUCAUAAAUCAUGGCUGUGUCCUGAUAAACCAAAUGUUACAAAUAAUAUAGUAUGCUCGAGUUGUGGUGGUGCAGGACAUAUCGCUCGCGAUUGUCGAUCAAAACGUCCUGGUCAAGGUGGACCUGCAGCAGCUGGAAUAGGCGGGAUGGGUCCAGCUGGUGAUAAAGCUAAAAUUGAUGAAGAAUAUAUGUCUUUGAUGGCAGAAUUAGGAGAAGGCCCCCCACCCGAUAGAUCUAAAACAAAUCAAAUUCGUCCAAAUACACAAGCUAAUCCUAAUUAUCCAGGAUUAUUUGAUAGACAACAAACACCGAGAGCUUUGAUGGCUGCACCAGCACAUCCACCGCCACAAAUGAUGCAAAGUGGACCAAUGAUGCCUCCUCCUGGAAUAGCACCCCCUCCAUGGAGUCAAGGUGAUCCUAAUAGUAUGAAUAAUAUGAAUGGAAUGAAUAUGCAGUGGCAACAACCUCCAGUUAGUAUGCCACCACCACCUGGAGUAAUGCAGCCACCUCCACCACCACCAGGAUCCACUCCAACGCAGGCAAAUAUUCCACCAUUGAUGCCUUGGAUGGCUGGUAAUAAUCAACCUCCUCCACCGGGUCAGAUGCCUCCAACACAAAUACCUCCACCAGGAAUGGGUAUUCCACCAUGGCAACAAGUACAACAAACCUCUAUGAGACCACCUCCACCUGGUACUGCCCCUCCGCCUGGAUAUCCCAGUUGGCAACCACAACCUAUGGGAACUUGGCCACCAGCAGCACCGGUACCACCACCUCCUCAACAACAGCAACAACCACCACCACAACAACAAAAUCCAGCACCACCUGGAAUUGAUCUUAAUACAUUACCAACUUUACUGGCUCAACCUCCACCACCGCCACCACCUACGAGUUAGUUUGUAAUCGAUAAAACUCGGUAGAUUUUGGCGAUUUUAUUGAUAGUUGGAUGAAAUCAGUCAAAUUGAAUAAUUAAAUGUGUAUUUAUGAAAUUUCAGUGUAUUUUUCAGUAACCAAUUGUUACUAUUUCAGAUUUAUUUUCUAUUAAUUUAAAUUGCACAUAUUUUAAUAAUUACGGCACAUGGUUUAUCAAUA